AUGAAGAAGGAAAGCGUGAGCGCAGGUACGUUGAUGGCGCGAGUUCGUGGAAACGAUACGGCACUUGGUGCGUGGUCAGCCCUGUGGCUUAUGGGCACGCAGUGGCGCGACGCGAUGAACCACGAGGAGCAGAAUUUCACGCGAGCGGGCAAGCUGUGGCCCCAGUGCGGCGAGGUCGACAUUCGCGAGUUGAACUCGAAGUACGGCAUCAUCGACCAGUUCGCUUUUUAUGAGAAGACUUUCUGGACACCGGAGUAUGCCAAUAUCGGAGGAGUGUACUUGAAGACGCGGGAUAUGCCACGCGACCCUGACGGCUGGGCCAUCUUCGUGAUGGAGUUUCGAAAUUUUCGGCCAAGGGACGUCAGACGAAACCGAAGACGUCGUCGAAAUUCGGUCCGGAGACACGAGGAAAUCGAUCCACGAGACGACACCUCCUUGGCUGAAGCGACUGCUCCUUCGGACGAGGACGAUGAUGAAGACUCGGAUUUGGAUGCUACUAGCGAUGACGAGGUUGUCACCUCUCGUAAUCGUGAUGCUGACAGUGAGGACAGUGACCAGCAGUCCACGACGUCCGAUAGUACAACCACUUUUGCAGGAGACGAUGAUGCGGAUGGUGAUUCUUCAACGAGCAGAAAAAAAGAGGGGGGUCGAACAGACCGCAAACACGACGUGUUGCGUGACGACGACGACGCGAAUAACAAGGAGCCGGCGCUCCCAGCUCGCUUGUGGACUGCGACCGAGCAAAUUUUGGGUAUCUACAGCCCACCUUCUGGAUCACCGAGUUAUAUUCCUGAAGAAUCAUGGCGGAACCUGGGAUUGGCAACGUGGUGGGCUGAUACCGAAGCAAAUCUGAAUUUGCUCACGCACGACAACGCGUUGCUGGUUAUGCCAGAAAAUGGCAGGAUGAGUAACCAGAAUAUCGAACGUUUUUGGAACACCUUCCACGGCACCGAUUUGUUCGUGAAGGUGAAUCUCGCAAUUGGCGGCAUCAACCCGGGUCCGUAUUUUCUGGAUCAAGACUUCGGUCUGGAGGGCGGACCACGACUCGACGUGCCGCAGGUGGAGCUACACCAGGGCGGCUACGGCAGCGGUGGUGGUGCUUCUCCAUCCGAGAUUGCCGCUAUCAUGCGUGAAAAAGACGAAGGCGAGCCAGGAGCGCCACCUCCGCCGCGACUCAACGGCGACACCUUCAUCACACCAGGAGAGGCACCGGCUGCAACUCAGCGUGGGAGAGAUCUAGACCGCGAAUUGCCAUCAAUGGACAAGGGCGAAGGCGUAUCACCUGAAGAGCAGGUGGACGUUCUGAAGCCACAAGGAGAUAGUCCAAUAACAGGCAGGAUCUCACCGGCGACGGCACCUCAACGAGCGAACACAGCAGGAGUGAACUGGAUCGCAUCUGCAGAGGCGACUCGGAGCAUAGAUGCGAGUAGGAGCUUACCGGCGAAAACUGGACAGAAGCAGACAACGGGAAAUGCUGACUCUUCAUCUGCGUCAUCUACUGGCCUGUUCGCGAUUCUCGCUAGUCCCUACGUUGGGUAUUUCGCAGGCGCUUGGAUUUUGUUCGCGUUGGCGCUAAGCUUGUACCAACGAUGUGCGCGCAGCGGUAAUCAGGUGCCACUCGCUGAGCCAUUGCUACAGCAGUGA